AUGAGUGCAUCACAGCUCCCCAAGCUCCCAGCCGCUCACAAUGAGUUGGCUAGCUACAUUGCCAAGCACCCCAACGUGCCCAUGAAAGAACUCAUGGAGCCAUAUCGCAAAUUCGAGGCCAAGCUGCGUGAAAUGUACGCCCAGGAGCGCAGCAACCCAGUUCUUGAAGAUCCAUACCUCAAUGUUCUUCCCCUCCUCACCAAAGAUACCCCUUCCAUUCAGACUCGCGCUCGCAACCUCGACAAUGAGAGCCAGGAACAGAAAGACAAGUAUAUCAUGCCCCUUCCUGAUGACAAGCGCCGUCCAGACGGAUCAGCCGCUGUCGUGGAAUCUCUCAAAGAGUUCCGACAUAACUUUGGAGUGUUCUCUGAGUCGUCCUUGUCCGACCUGAACUGGGACAAUGUUGUCGCUGCUGGGUCCUCUGUUGUCAACACUCUUCUUCCAGUGCCUCCCGAGUACAAGAAGUCGAAGCGAGCCUUGCGCGAAUACUACCAUGAGAAGUUCUGCCCGGCAUCUGAUGUUGAUCUCUUCUUGUAUGGAUUGAACGAAGAACAGGUGAUUGAGAAGAUCAAGGAUAUCGAAGCUAGCAUUCGAGAUGCGAUUCUCUCUGAGGUCACUGUUGUGAGGACCAAGAACGCCAUCACGAUCUGUAGCCAAUACCCAACUCGUCAUAUCCAAAUUGUCCUGCGUGUGUAUAAGUCUGUCUCUGAGAUUCUUACUGGGUUUGACAUUGAUUGUUCGGGUGCGGCUUAUGAUGGAAAUCAAGUUUACACUACUCCUCGUGCGCUUGCAUCCUACAUCACUCAAAUCAAUCCGAUUGAUCUCAGCCGGAGAAGCCCUUCGUACGAGAAUCGACUAUCGAAGUAUAGCCAUAGAAACUUCGAAGUCUAUUGGCCCGAGCUCGAUCGCUCUCGUGUGGAUCCCACUAUCUUCGAGCGGAGUUUCCAAAGAACCCUUGGCCUGGCUAGGUUAUUAGUUCUUGAGCGACUGCCCACCGCAAAUGCCCGUGAGCAAUAUAUGAAGAAGCGAAGGGAGGAGCGUGGACGACCCCAGGCGCCACAGCGGUUUCAACAUCGCCUUUUUGGUAACAUCAAAGAUAUACACGAAGACGAAGUUGCAGAUUGGGUCGAUGAGACUGAAGUUUCUAAUUAUCAUACAUUUACUGUUCCAUAUGGAGUUAAGUUCCAUGCAAAGAAGAUUGAGAAACUAUGCUACACCAAGGACUUGUUGCUCAAUGCUGAAUGGAACCAGCCUAAGGAACGAGAGGUUUAUCUACACAGGCACCCAGCCUUCUUUGGACGGGUUGAAGAUGUCAUUGGCGAUUGUUGUGGCACAUGCCCCAAAGCCCAGACACCUGAAGAAAUUGAGAUCGCUGAAAAGGAGAGCGAGAUUUAUGUCUCAGGAAAUGUGUCCUUCCGUAUCGAUGACCCAGGGCGCCAACAAAUCGGCUCCUUUAACCCAUUGACCGAGGAUGAUUGGACAGAGAUGGCUUAUGUUGGCAAUACAGCUCGCCUUUGCCAAGCUAUUGUUGACAAGGAUCUCGAACAUGUCGAGGACUGGCUGUCACAGGAAGGUGCAGACCCGAAUACCAGAGACUAUACCGGGAGAACACCACUUCACUUGGCUGUGAUUAGUUCCACCCCCGCUAUUGUCAAAUGUUUGGUUGAUCAUGGCGCACGACUGGUUGCAAGGAUUGCCGAUGGGCGGACAGCACUGCAUCUUGCAGCGGGACGCGGUAACAUUGAAAUGGUCAAGAUACUGUUGGAGAAGAGCAACGCGAAUGAAGAAGAGGAAGAAGAGAAGGUGGACCAGCGCCGCAAAGCUCGCCAGGAGAAGGCUAAAGUUGACACGGGCUAUGCUCCGCGUGAUUCCGGGUUGUCUGACGGUGACAUUUCUAUGGACGAUGGUUCAGAUGGAGAACUCGUUGAUGAUGAGUCAUCGGAUGAUGGUGUUCAGUCUAUUGCUACGGGCUCCUUCGUCAAAGUCGAUAAUAAGGACGAGCCGAAGUCGGCUGAGACAAUUCCACUCGAUGAUGACCAGAACGAUCCAGACUUCUAUAAAAUCGACGCAAUUGCAUGGGACUCAAAAUGCUCUCCCCUUCACCUAGCGAUCAUUGGAGGUCACUGUGAGAUGGUCAAGCUGCUGUGUCAAGAAUUUGGAGCUGAUGCUCUGUUGCCCGUCAAACUCGGUGAUGGAUCAUACGAGCACCCCCAUGCUGCAAUUCUGACGUUGGUUCUUGCUCUUGCACUUCCACUCGAGCAAGCUGUCCACAUGUGUGAGACACUCUUGAGUCUAGGAGCUACCUCAUCUCAAGCCGACCUCACUGGCGUCACAGCCUUCCAUCGCUAUAUCCGGAACAAUAACAUGAAAGCCAUCGAUUGUCUGUGGGAGCAUGACAAACUCGGUCUGAAGACAGCCAUCAAUCACAUAGCAGUAUCCGGAUCUGAUUGGAACAUGAAUGCUACUAGCCCUCUAAUGACAGCUAUUGACCAGAACAAUCCAAUUCUUGUGCUAAAGUUACUUGACGCUGGAGCAAAACCAGAGCUCGAUUUUGAUAGCUGGCUGCAAGGUGCAAAAUUCUCCUCCGACAUAACGCUUGGUGAUUUUGAGAGAAACCAAACGAAAUUUAGCGAAUCAAUGGAACAGCCUCUGAUUACAGCAAUUCGAUCUGGACACCCAGAGUUAGCACUAGAGCUCCUCGAAAGAGGUGUUGACCCGAGCCCGGUCACUAAAGCAAGCUGGGAGGUAAUCAAAAAUGAGUGGGCACGACGUUGGAGAGUAGGCGAAACUGCUUUAGAUGUUGUGAGACAUCUAUUGAAAGAAUUGCGAAAAUACAACGGAGAACCAGUCACGCCCAGACUACGAAUGAACAGCUUCGGGUUCAACAAUCUGAGGGGUGGCCGUUCCACUACUUCGUGUGCCCCUGAAGCGCCGAGUGGAACCGAGGAAUUCCUAUCUCGAUUCUCGGAGGGAACUUAUCAGCACUGGCUUGUCUCUAAUGACAUCAAACGGAAAAUGGAAGAUUAUAAGCACGAUCUGGAGGCCGUCGCCAAGGAAAAGAAGAGAAUUGCUUCCUUGAAAGGCCUUGUUGAGAAAAAGGAGGCCAUACAAAAUCUCAUCUCGCAGCUCGAGAAAGUUGAGGCGGCGCUUGUAGAGAAGCGUGCCAAAACUUUCAAGGAGCUUCAUCCGAAAAUCGAGUGCAUGGAAAAUCCCCAACCUGACGAAUAUGAAGAUACAUCCCGAGGUGAUUACAGUUUGAAGUUUAGCUUUACAGGAGUGAAAGAUCUCACCUCAACUAGGGAAACUGCGUAUAUAGAGCUCUUCGAAGCGGCAUGGACUGGCAACAUUGACAAGAUCAAGUCAUUGGCAUUAGCUCCCUGGGGACCUGAGGCGAAAGAGCCGCCGCUGAAGGUAGCAGUGUCGGAUUUGGCAGGCAACAACCCUUUCUCACUCGCGUUCCUCAAAGGCCACUUUGACACGGCUAGAGCUAUCCUGGAGAUCGUACAAGCACAAUGGUCGCCGCCAGAUAAGGAGAAAUCACGAUAUAAGAUAGUCGAUGCCAACGAAGAUGAAGAAUCGUAUGAAGACUCGGAGGCUAGCGACAGUGGCAGUGAACCCGAAGUUCGCAUGGAGAUUAUCAAAGACCAAUUCACUAUUGAUAAUAUUGGUCAGGUGUCUAUGCAGGUCAAGAGUGACGUGCUGCCCUCGGCUAUCCUGGAUUGGAAGGUUCCAACGUUCGUACUGGGCGGCGACAAAGUCGAGGACGCCGUACUUUCUACCCAAACCCUCCUUGCUUUCUCCAUGUUUCAGGAGGAUAGCCAACGGUUUAAUUUGCUUCUCGAUCUGCACAAUCAGUUUGUGAGAAAGUCAGAAGAUGAAGACGACUCUAGCAAGUUCUACGCAUUCCCUAAAGACGAUUUUGAGUAUGCAAUUCAGACGGGACGCAUCAACAUGCUUGCCGAGGCAAUCCGCCGAACUGGUGCGGGUAUUCCACUCGAGGAGCUCGUGAAGAAGAGUGGAACCGAGAUGAAGGUCAAGCCUCGCUACUAUCAAGGUCUUACAGUUUACGGCAAAAAGAGAGCCGACUGGGCUGCGGCCGGCCGCAACCUCGUCGUCAAGCCUACAGGUACCCAGGCUCCGCCUUUGCUUACAGCAGCUUUGAAAGGCUCAAUUGAGUCUGUCGAAUGGUUUUUGGGAGAUGCACCCAUGAGACACUAUCGAGAGUUUGGCACGUCUUCGAUUGCCAAAGAAGAUCAACGACUGAAACAUCUCAAUGAGUCCUCUGGGGGCUUUGAUCGAGCUAUCGCAAAGUGGCUUGGUAUUCAAAAUGACUAUGUUAUUCAUUGCGCUGUGCUAGGUCCCAUCGGAGAUAGAACUAAUAGGCUCAUCGAGUAUCUAAUCAAAGUUUGUCCAGCGUCUUUCGAGGCGAAGUCGGACUUGGGUUACACUCCUCUGUUCUUGGCUUGCCUGAUGGGCAGGCCGCAGUUCGCCAAAACACUUAUCGACGCCGGGGCCGACCAAUCAGUCAAGGAUGGUGGAUUCAACAACAUCGUCCAUGCGUGUGUCAUCAAUUAUCCAGAUCUCGACCUGCUGCGACAGAUGCUGGAUCUUUUCGAUCCUGAACUGAGAACUCACAUGUUCCGUCAGCGCAAUAACCUUUCGUGCGGCGGCAAUACCCCCCUCCAUCUCUGGCUAACAGAGUCCUAUAUUCCGUGGUCUCGCCUGAACGGCGAUAAAGACAGCACUCACGUGACGCUUCUUCGUCUGCUCCUCGAAUACUCGAAAGGUGAGGAGUUGGAAAUAUUGAACGGUUCCGGUGACACUGUCCUUCAUACAGCCGUGUUGCGGUCGUCUGCCGAUCAAGCACGAGUUCUCCUCGAGCAGAACCCGAAGUUGCUCUUCCGUGAGAACACUGUCGGCCGUACUCCGGGCGAGAUUGCUUACGAUCUCUACACUAACGACAAGGUUAAGGAGCCCGAUUCAGUCGCAAUCAACGUUAGAUCCUACGAUCAUCUUGUGGACCAGAAUCCAGAAGAGUUCUUGCCUAAGGCAAAAGACAAGAAAACAAACAAGGAGCAGACCUGGGAGGUGGUCCAGGAGUACCUCGCUAAGACGGAAGGGAAGCGCCGCCUCGUGAGUCUCAACGAAGCUAACGAUGUCGCUCGACGCCUGGGUGAGAAAUACUUAUGGCAGCGCUAUUACACGAAGACCACGAAUCAGAACAACGAGGAUGAUGAUCACGAUGCCAAUGACGAUGCGAAGAAAACGAAGGAGCCGGAGCCCGACUUUGUUAACGUCAAUUACAAAAGUGAGAGAGAUCAGGCUUGGUAUGUUGAGAAGGAGAAGGUGCCUGGUGCCGAUUUGUGA